CCCAUGGAGCCGGUGCACCCACGGAGCUAGAGCCUCCCAACCCAGAAAAUUGUUCUCACAAGAAGACUGAGGACAACUGGUUUCUAUUCCACUCAGGACUUAGAAAUCCCAAAUUCUGCUGAGAGUAAGACCUCCUAGAACUACAGAGACACCUAGUCAAUCCCAUUGCCAUCAUGGGAUUCAUGACUCGGCUACUGUCGGGCAUUUUUCUAGUGUUGCUUGCCCUCCCUUCUGAAGGUGGGGUCCUGAAGAGAAUCAUCCGACACAAGCGACAGAGUGGGGUGAAUGUCACCUUGCCAGAGGAGAAUCAGCCAGUCGUGUUUAAUCAUGUCUAUAACAUCAAGCUACCCGUGGGGUCACAGUGUUCUGUAGAUCUGGAAUCAGCCAGUGGGGAAAAAGACCUGUUCACACCUUCAGAGUCCAGUGGAAGUUUCCAAGAACACACCGUGGAUGGAGAGAAUCAAAUCGUGUUCACACAUCGCAUCAACAUUCCCCGCCGGGCCUGCGGCUGUGCCGCUGCCCCAGACGUGAAGGAUCUGCUGAACAGACUGGAGGAGCUAGAGGCCCUGGUGUCCUCCCUGAGAGAGCAGUGCACCAUGGGAGCAGGCUGCUGUCUCCAACCUGUGGAAGGCCGCCUGGACUCCAGGCCUCUCUGCAGCGGCCGGGGCAACUUCAGCACGGAAGGCUGCGGCUGUGUUUGCGAACCGGGCUGGAAAGGCCCCAACUGCUCGGAGCCCGAGUGUCCGGGCAACUGCAGCCUGCGCGGCCAGUGCCUGGACGGGCAGUGCGUGUGCGCCGCGGGCUUCGCGGGCGCCGACUGCAGCGAGCCGGCCUGUCCCUCCGACUGCAACGACCAGGGCCGCUGCGUGCAGGGCGCCUGCGUCUGCUUCGAGGGCUACACGGGGCCCGACUGCGGCCGGGAGGUCUGCCCGGGGCCCUGCAGCGAGGAGCACGGCACCUGCAUGGACGGGCGGUGCGUGUGCCGGGAGGGCUUCGCGGGCGCCGACUGCCGCGAGCCCCUGUGCCUCCACGGCUGCCGCGGCCGCGGGCGCUGCGUGGAGAACGAGUGCGUGUGCGACGAGGGCUUCACGGGCGACGACUGCGGCGAGCUCAUCUGCCCGCACGACUGCUUCGACCGCGGCCGCUGCCUCAACGGCACCUGCGACUGCGACGAGGGCUUCGCGGGCGAGGACUGCGGCCAGCUGGCCUGUCCCCACGACUGCCGCGGCCGGGGCCGCUGCCACGAGGGCCAGUGCGUGUGCGACGAGGGCUUCGCGGGCCCGGACUGCGGGGAGCGGCGCUGCCCGGCCGACUGCCACCACCGCGGCCGCUGCCUGGCCGGGCGCUGCGAGUGCGACGCGGGCUUCGCGGGGCCCGACUGCGGGGAGCGGCAGUGCCCGCGGGGCUGCGGCGGGCGCGGCCGCUGCGCCGACGGCCAGUGCGUGUGCGACGAGGGCUACACCGGCGAGGACUGCGGCCAGCGGCGCUGCCCCGGCGACUGCCACGGCCGCGGCCGCUGCGUCCAGGGCCGCUGCGUGUGCGAGCCGGGCUACCAGGGCUUCGACUGCGGCGACAUGAGCUGCCCCGGCGACUGCCACGGGCGCGGCCGCUGCGUGAACGGCAUGUGCGUCUGCGACGACGGCUUCACCGGCGAGGACUGCCGGGAGCGCCGGUGCCCCCGCGACUGCAGCCUCCGCGGCCGCUGCGUGGACGGCCGCUGCGAGUGCGAGCCCGGCUUCGCGGGCCCCGACUGCGCGCAGCUCGCCUGCCCCGCCGACUGCCACGGCCAGGGCCGCUGCGUGGACGGCCAGUGCGUCUGCCACGAGGGCUUCAUGGGCCGAGACUGCCAGGAGCGCAGGUGUCCCAGCGACUGCCACGGCCAGGGCCGCUGCGUGGACGGCCGGUGCGCCUGCCACGAGGGCUUCGCGGGCCCCGACUGCGCGCAGCGCUCCUGCCCCAGUGACUGUCACGGCCUGGGGCAGUGUGUGUCCGGCCGCUGCAUCUGCCAGGAGGGCUAUGCCGGGGAGGACUGCUCCGAGGUGUCUCCUCCCAAAGACCUUAUAGUGACCGAAGUGACCGAGGAAACUGUAAACCUGGCCUGGGACAAUGAGAUGCGGGUCACCGAAUACCUUAUCAUGUACACGCCUACCCAUGCGGAUGGCCUGGAAAUGCAGUUCCGUGUGCCUGGGGACCAGACAUCUACCACCAUCCGGGAGCUGGAGCCCGGUGUGGAGUAUUUCAUCCGUGUGUUUGCCAUCCUGGAGAACAAGAGGAGCAUCCCUGUCAGUGCCAGGGUGGCCACUUACUUGCCUGCACCUGAAGGCCUAAAAUUCAAGUCCAUCAAGGAGACAUCAGUGGAAGUUGAGUGGGAUCCUCUAGACAUUGCUUUUGAAACAUGGGAGAUCAUCUUCCGGAAUAUGAAUAAAGAAGACGAGGGAGAGAUCACCAAAAGCCUACGAAGGCCAGAGACUUCUUACCGGCAAACUGGUCUUGCCCCUGGGCAAGAGUAUGAGAUAUCUUUGCACAUUGUGAAGAACAACACCAGGGGUCCUGGCUUGAGGAGGGUGACGACAACCCGCCUGGACGCUCCCAGCCAGCUUGAGGUGAAAGACAUCACAGACACCACAGCUCUAGUCACCUGGUUCAAGCCCCUGGCUGAGAUUGACAGCAUCGAGCUCUCCUAUGGUGCCAAAGAUAUGCCCGGUGACCGCACUACCAUUGACCUUACACAUGACGAGAACCAGUAUUCCAUCGGAAACCUAAAGCCUGACACAGAAUACGAGGUGUCCCUUGUCUCCCGCAGGGUAGACAUGUCCAGCAACCCAGCCAAAGAGACCUUCACAACAGGCCUGGAUGCUCCCCGGAAUCUCCGACGCGUCUCCCAGACAGACAACAGUAUCACCUUGGAAUGGAGGAAUGUCAAGGCAGCCAUUGACAACUACAGAAUUAAGUAUGCACCCAUCUCUGGAGGUGACCAUGCAGAAGUUGAUGUCCCAAAGAGUCAACAAGCCACAACCAAAACCACACUCAUGGGUCUGAGGCCAGGAACUGAAUAUGGGAUUGGCGUUUCUGCUGUGAAGGAGGACAAGGAGAGCAAUCCAGCAACCAUCAAUGCAGCUACAGACAUGGAUGCACCCAAGGACCUCCAGGUUUCCGAAACAACAGAGAACAGCCUGACCCUGCUCUGGAGGGCACCACUGGCCAAGUUCGACCGUUACCGCCUCAACUACAGCCUAUCUACAGGCCAGUCAGGAGAGGCCCAGCUGCCGAAGGACACCACAUCCUAUGUCCUAACAGGGUUGCAACCAGCGCAGGAAUACACCAUUGUCCUCACAGCCGAGAAGGGCAGGCACAAGAGCAAGCCGGCACAUGUGAAGGCAUCCACUGAGCAAAUCCCUGAGCUGGAAAAUCUCACCGUGACUGAGGUUGGCUGGGAUGGCCUCACACUCAACUGGACCGCAGCUGACCAGGCCUAUGAGCACUUUGUCAUUCAGGUGCAGGAGGCCAACAAGGUGGAGGCCACUCAGAACCUCACGGUGCCUGGCAGCCUCCGGGCUGUGGACAUCCCAGGCCUCAAGGCUUCCACUCCUUACAGAGUGUCCAUCUAUGGGGUGAUCCGGGGCCAUAGGACACCCAUACUCUCUGUUGAGGCCUCCACAGGGGAAACUCCCACAUUGGGAGAGGUCAUGGUGGCCAAGUUGGGCUGGGAUGCCCUAACACUCAACUGGACAGCUGCAGAAGGGAUCUAUGAGCACUUUCUCAUUCAGGUGCAAGAGGCUGAUGUGUUAGAGGUAGCCCAGAACCGCACAGUUCCGGGAGGACUGAGGUCCACAGACCUGCCUGGGCUCAAAGCUACGACUCGCUACAGAGUCACCAUCCGCGGGGUCACUCAGGACUUCAGCACAGCCCCUCUCUCUGUUGAGGUCUUGACAGAGGAGGUUCCAGGUCUGGGAAACCUCACAGUGACCAAGCGGGGCUGGAGCGCCCUCAGGCUGGACUGGACCACACCAGAUGAGACCUAUGACCAGUUUAUCAUUCAGGUCCGGGGCGCUGACCAGGUGGAGGAGGCUCACAAUCUCACCGUUCCUGGCAGCCUGCGCUCAGUGGAAAUCCCAGGCCUCAGGGCUGGCAGUCCCUACACAAUCACUCUGCAUGGAGUGAUCAGGGGCCACAGCACUCAACCUCUUGUCUUGGAGGUCAUCACAGAGGAUCUCCCCCAACUGGGAGACUUAGCUGUGACUGAGGUUGGCUGGGAUGGCCUCACACUCAACUGGACCGCAGCUGACCAGGCCUAUGAGCACUUUGUCAUUCAGGUGCAGGAGGCCAACAAAGUGGAGGCCACUCAGAACCUCACGGUGGCUGGCAGCCUCCGGGCUGUGGACAUCCCAGGCCUCAAGGCUUCCACUCCUUACAGAGUGUCCAUCUAUGGGGUGAUCCGGGGCCAUAGGACACCCGUGCUCUCUACUGAGGCCUCCACAGUCAAAGAGCCUGAUAUUGGAAACUUAAAUGUUUCCGACGUAACUCCUGAGAGCUUCAAUCUCUCCUGGACAGCGACUGAUGAAAUCUUCGAGACUUUUACCAUUGAAAUUAUUGAUUCCAAUAGGUUGCUGCAGAUGGUAGAAUAUAAUAUAUCUGGUGCUGAACGAACUGCUCACAUCUCAGGGCUCCCCCCUAGUACUGAUUUCAUUAUCUACCUCUCUGGGCUUGCUCACAGCCUCCGGACCAAAACCAUCAGUGCCACAGUCACUACAGAGGCCUUGCCCCUUCUGGAAAACCUAACCAUUUCCGACAUUAAUCCCUACGGGUUUACAGUUUCCUGGAUGGCAUCGGAGAAUGCCUUUGACAGCUUUCUAGUAACCAUGGUGGACUCUGGGCAGCUGCUGGACCCCCAGGAAUUCAUACUUUCAGGAACCCAGAGGAAGCUGGAGCUUAGAGGCCUUAUAACUGGCAUUGGCUAUGAGGUUAUGGUCUCUGGCUUCACCCAGGGGCACCAAACCAAGCCCUUGAAGGCUGAGAUUGUUACAGAAGCAGAACCGGAAGUUGACAACCUUCUAGUUUCAGAUGCCACCCCGGACGGUUUCCGUCUGUCUUGGACAGCUGAUGAAGGAAUAUUCGACAGUUUUGUACUCAAAAUCAGAGAUACAAAAAAGCAGUCUGAACCACUGGAAAUAACCCUCCCUUCCCCUGAACGUACCAGGGAUGUGACAGGGCUCAGAGAAGCCACUGAAUACGAAAUCGAACUCUAUGGAAUAAGCAAAGGAAGGCAAUCCCAACCAGUCAGUGCCAUAGCAACAACAGCCAUGGGCCCUCCAAAGGAAAUCACAUUCACAGACAUCACUGAAAAUUCAGCCACAGUCAGCUGGACGGCACCCACUGCCCAGGUGGAAAACUUCCGGAUCACCUAUGUGCCCGUGACAGGAGGUGACCCCUCCAUUGUGACAGUGGAUGGAAGCAAAACUGAGACGCGGCUGGUGAAGCUCACGCCAGGGAUGGAGUACCACGUCAGUGUCAUCGCCAUGAAGGGCUUCGAGGAAAGCGACCCAGUCUCAGGGUCACUCACCACAGCUCUGGAUGGCCCAUCUGGCCUGGUAACAGCCAACAUCACUGACUCGGAAGCCUUGGCCAUGUGGCAGCCAGCCAUUGCCACCGUGGACAGCUAUGUCAUCUCCUACACAGGGGAAAGAGUGCCAGAAAUCACGCGCACGGUGUCCGGGAACACAGUAGAGUAUGCUCUGGCUGACCUUGAGCCUGCCACAGAAUAUACACUGAGAAUCUUUGCGGAAAAAGGGCCCCAGAAGAGCCUCACCAUCACUACCAAGUUCACCACAGACCUCGAUUCUCCAAGAGACUUGACUGCUACUGACAUUCAGUCAGAAACUGCCCUCCUCACCUGGCGACCUCCUCGGGCAUCGGUCACUGGUUACCUCCUAGUCUACGAAUCCGUGGAUGGUACCACCAAGGAAGUCAUUGUGGGGCCAGACACCACCUCCUAUAGCCUGGCAGACCUGAGCCCAUCUACCCACUACACAGCCCGGAUCCAGGCACUGAGUGGAUCUCUGAGGAGCAAGCUGAUUGAGACCAUCUUUACCACAAUUGGACUCCUGUAUCCGUUCCCCAGGGACUGCUCCCAAGCCAUGCUGAAUGGAGACACAACCUCUGGCCUCUACACCAUUUAUCUGAAUGGUAACAAGUCCCAGUCACUGGAAGUGUAUUGUGACAUGACUUCUGAUGGAGGUGGAUGGAUUGUAUUUCUGAGACGCAAAAAUGGACGGGAAGACUUCUAUCGCAACUGGAAGGCAUAUGCUGCUGGAUUUGGGGACCGCAGAGAAGAAUUCUGGCUUGGGCUGGAUAACCUGAGUAAAAUCACGGCCCAAGGACAGUACGAGCUGCGUGUGGACCUGCAAGACCAUGGAGAUACAGCCUAUGCUGUCUACGACAGGUUCAGCGUGGGAGAUGCCAAGACGCGUUAUAAGCUGAAAGUGGAGGGCUACAGCGGGACAGCAGGGGACUCCAUGGCCUACCACAAUGGCAGAUCCUUCUCAACCUUUGACAAGGACACAGACUCUGCCAUCACCAACUGUGCCUUGUCCUACAAAGGAGCUUUCUGGUAUAAGAACUGUCAUCGUGUCAACCUGAUGGGAAGAUACGGAGACAACAACCACAGUCAGGGUGUUAACUGGUUCCACUGGAAGGGGCACGAAUACUCAAUCCAGUUUGCUGAGAUGAAGCUGAGACCCAGCAACUUCCGAAAUCUUGAAGGCAGGCGCAAACGGGCAUAAAUUCCAGGGAGAACUGGGUGAGAGAGGAGUGGGGCCCAGAGAAAGGAAAAGGACUUUUACCAAAGCAUCCAUACAGCCAGCCUAGUCACCGAGCCACACCUGGGCAUUGGGCAUGCGUUGAAACUGGCCUUGGAUCAUCAAGACACUGGCAUCAGCCACUCUGCGGUUAAAUUCCUUCACACCAAAGACAGUCUGCAACAGGUUUCUAUUCUGUCAUCUGAUUCAGAGGAAAAAAAUCUUCCAGUGAUAACAACAUAAUGGUUUUUAUUUCUCUUGGGUGGCUCUGGGAAGGGGUGAGAGGUAGGCUCCAGUGGUAGUUUGUUUUAGAAGCAGCCAUAUUUUACACAAAGCUGUAUAAUUAAUUAUCAUUAUUUUUGGUAGCGAAGAUAAAACGUGUGUCAUUGGAAGUUGUUCUCCCACCAUCCCCAUUUUUUUUUUACAUUUCAUACAAUCAAAAUCAGAAAAGCAAUACUGUUUCCAUUGUAAGGAGAUGAUUAAUAAUAUUAAUAUAAUAAUGAUGAUGAUGAUGAAAACUAAGGACUUUUUAAAGAUGUCUUCCCCCAAACACAUCUGAACAGUACCUGAUUGUAUUUUUUUUUAAUAAAAGCACAAGUACUUUUGA